UCGUCUACUCAGAUGCUUAUACAAUUAGAGAUCUGUUUGGGUGAACGCUUGUUUAGUUUUUAAUCCAUUGUGAAGCUUCGAACCAGAUGCUACUUGAAGAACUUUGUUAGUUCUAAUGAUCUGGUCUUGUAUUUCCCAGUCGUGAUUUUUAGUCAUAUAUACGAAGGUAUACUAAGUGCGUAACGGAAUUGAUAUUAACUUUUGACACUCGCAAGUGACAGAAAAUUGGAUUUGGAAACUUGUGGAGAUUAACUCUUUUAAACGAUCGGAAUGAAACUGCCAUUCGCUUCCUGGCUUCGCCUGUAUUAUAUUGGAUAAAGCGCGGUGGUUAGUGACGAGAUUGGUUUACGGUCUAAACAGGUUGAGAUGAUUGUAGAGGAAGCCUAUGUUGAAGGAUAACGGAUAUACUGAGUAGUCACUGACCUGAAGGACACAAGAGGAAUUAAUAUAAUCGCGACUUGGUAAUUAGGAGAUUAGUUGAAUUUGCGAAACUGAAAUUAUUUUUACUGUUUGUUUGCUUACGGUGUGUCACUGGGCGAUUCCAUUUACAUACAUGGAUAAUUGUUCGGAAAUGGACUAUUCAGGGUGAACAGUUGGGGUGCUUUGGAAUAAUGGAAUAGAGUUUUUCAUCCGAUGUUGUUCUGUGAAAUCAACUUUGCCCAUUGGUUUAUAUAACAUUAUGUGGUAUUAAGCUAAAAUGACCAUGACAUCCAUACAUCAAGAGGAUUAUGAUGCUGAAUAUUUCAACUCCGUUCAAUUAAAUGCCACCAACACAUCCACUAUCUGGACGGAUUAUCGAUAUGGCGGGAAUUAUAACUUCACUCGUUCACGCCCGAUGUAUCCGCCGCGGCCGCCGAUCCCCAGAUUGGUCCAAGCUAUUGACUUGUUCAACUAUUAUAGUGUUCCAAUUAUUGUUGUUCUUGGUUCCAUUGGGAAUAUCUUAAGUUACCUUGUGUUUACCAAGACACGGGUAAAGAAAGUGUCCUCGGUGCGAUACCUUGCAGCCAUUGCUAUCACGGAUACUGGAUUUUUGUGGACAUUUUUCUUCACGCCGUUGCAGAUGUACUACAACCAACCAAUCAUCACUUACGUUGGUGUUUGUCAAGUCGUGACGUUUUUAAACUAUGCUUUUACCUUUUUGUGUAUUUGGUACAUGGUUGCACUGGUGGUCGAUCGGUUUAUUUCCUUGUACAUGCCUUUAAGAAAGUCUUCGAUGUGCACUGUGUUCCGGGCUAAAAUUGUGAUAGUCGGCCUUGCCGCAAUGGCCGUCGUUUGCUAUUCAUAUGUGACUUACUUUUACGGCACGGAUGGAGUUUAUGGUCAAUAUUGUGUACCGUUUUUAGUUUUUGAAGGACAUUAUCACAAUUUGGAUAGAAUAGAUACGGUGUUCGUUGCUGUUAUCCCUUAUGUCAUCAUUACGAUCCUUAUUGUGUUGAUAUUAAUACGGAGCUGUGAAUAUUACAGAAUAUCGGCUUCUGCUGAGAUUUGCCCUCGUUCUGAAUCUCGACGUCGUGCUGGUCGACAGACGUCACAUCCGCCGACACGAAUAACGCGUGUCCUGUGUCCGGUAAUAAUCAUUACGCUAUUGUUUAAUAUACCACAGAACGUAAUCAGAACGUUAAGGCGAUUCGACGAAGGUGUAUCACAUAUGGAGAUCCACAAAUGGCUAAUGUUAUGUCGUAUUCCAUAUUUGCUAAAUUUUGCUGUGAAGGGAUUUUUGUAUUUUGUAUGUUCCGGGUGUUUUAGAAGAAGACUGCGUGAUUACGUUUGUGAGUUUCGCCUUAAGAUCAAACACUCGUGUGCAAAUAGAACAACCACACCCCCCGAUCCGCAGAUCAUACAGUUACAGGAAAGUAAUCCGGUGAAAAGGGGCGAAGCUAAAUUACUACAGACAGCUAUUUAGUGAUCCAAGCUUCCCAUCGCCCCACUACUGCUGUGGUAUUAUUUGCAAGAAUUUGGUAUUUGAUUAGUGGGUCCAGACCAGAAUUUAGUCUUGGUCAUUCAGUAAAAUGCCGCGAUCAAUCCACGUCUUCAGUCAACCAAUGAUGUUUAUACAAUCUAUUAAAAUUCCGGGUUUGAAUUUUUUAUGGGCGUACUUUAAAUUGAAAACAUUACUGCAGCAACUGUGGUUUGUUAAAUCAAGGCAUCUGUUAAUUAUAUUGGACCUACAUACAAGUUCCAGCUUUUAAUUUUCAUGGACCUACAUUACAAUUUCGGUGUUUAAUUUUUUUAUGGACCUCAAUGACAAUUCCGGUUUUUAAUUAUUAUGGACCUACAUAACAAUUCUGGUUUUAUUUUUAUGUACCUACAUCACAAUUCCGGUUUUUAAUUAUUGUGGACCUCCAUCACUAUUCCGGUUUUUAAUUUUCAUGGACCUACACCACAAUUCUGGUUUUUAAUUAUUAUGGACCUCUAUUUUUAAUUAUUAUGGACCAAAAUUCCACGGAGAUCUUAUCAUUUCGUCGUCAGUCAUCUGUUCCAUUUGAAGUCUAAUUGUAGCACAGCUAAAAAAACAUUUUAAACCACCGAGACAUCUGUUCAUUGGCUACAUGAAAGGCCACGUCUCAUCAAGUGAACAUCUUCAUUAAUUGUUAGAGUGUAAAUGUAAACAACUAUCCAUCAACUCGAAAAUUAUGACGCUAUGUAAUGAUUUGAUUAUAAUUAAACUAUGACAUAUAUACACAACCCAUUUGGUCAGUUUCGACUUAUGUAGCAUA